GUGGAGCAUACUAGCUAGACAGAAAUGGCUCAAGUGCUGCUAGCGCACCUCUACGAGCAGGCAUCUCCACAGUCCCUGGCCCUCAUCCUUCUCCUCUUCCUCAUCGCCGUGCACUUGGCAAUGCCGAGGUCGAGAGCAGAGAAGCUGCUCAGCAAGCUCCCUUCGCCUCCGUUCAAGCUCCCCAUCAUGGGGCACCUCCACCUCAUCGGGUCACUCCCCCAUCGCUCCCUCUGCGACCUCGCCAGGAAUCACGGCCCCGACGUGAUGCUCCUCCGCCUCGGCACCGUUCCCACACUCGUCGUGUCAUCCCCUCGCGCUGCGAAAGCCGUCCUGCGCACGCACGACCACCAUUUUGCAUCCCGGCCGCACUCCGCGGUGGCCAACAUCUUGUUCAACGGCUCAACCGACGUCGCCUUCGCCCCAUAUGGGGACUACUGGCGGCAGACCAGAAAGGUCGUCACCACCCACCUUCUCACCUCAAGGAAGGUCCGGUCCAACCGCGCCGCCCGUGAGCAGGAGGUGCGGCUGGUCCUAGCCAGGGUAAGGGCCGCCGCCGCCGCGCUCAUGGCGGUGGAUCUGAGCGAGGUCUUCAGUUUCUUCGCCAAUGACAUCGUGUGCCAGGCCGUGGUGGGAAGGUUCCCCAGGGAAGAAGGCCGGAACAAGCUGUUUCGGGAGAUGCUCGAGACAAACGCCAAGCUCCUGGGGGGAUUUAACCUGGAUGACUAUUUCCCGAGCCUGGCAAGGCUCAACUUGGUGUCCGCCAAGGCCGUGAAGCACAAGAAAAGAUGGGACGACCUCUUGGAUGACCUCAUCGACAAGCACGCAAGCAAGACGGCAAAUGAUGAGGAAGAGGAGGACUUCAUCGACGUGUUGCUCUCGGUUCAACAAGAGUACAACCUGACUAGAGAGAAUAUCAAGGCAAUACUGAUGGACAUGUUUGAAGCCGGGACGGACACAACGUACAUAGCGCUAGACUACGCCAUGGCUGAGCUGAUGCGGAAACCCCAGGCAAUGACCAAGCUGCAAGCCGAGGUGAGGAGGUGCGCAGCCAAGGGAAAGGAAAUGGUCACUGAAGAAGACCUAAGCAGCAUGAGCUACCUCAAGGCAGUAAUGAAAGAGUCGAUGCGGCUGCACGCACCAGGGCCUCUUUUGAUACCCCACUUCUCCACGGCCGAUUGUGAUGUAGAGGGCUAUACAAUACCCUCGGGGACACGCGUAGUCCUCAACGUGUGGGCAAUGGGCAGGGACCCCACCCGCUGGGAGAAUGCAGAGGACUUCAUGCCCGAACGGUUCUUGGAAGAAGGCAUGGAUGCUGCUUCUGACUUCCAAGGGAAUGACUUCCGUUUCUUGCCGUUUGGAUCUGGGCGAAGGAUAUGCCCUGCUAUAAACUUCACCACGGCCACUUUCGAAAUCAUCCUAGCCAACCUCAUCUACCAUUUCAACUGGGAGCUGCCACCGGGGUCAACGGGCAUCAAUAUGACAGAGUCAUUCGGAAUGGAUGUGCACCGUAAGGAGAAUCUUCUUCUUAUGCCAUGCUUGGCUCAAGACGUCUAGAUUUAUGUAUUGUUGUUGCAUCCCAUUUCAAUUCCCAGUGCACCCGUGCAAAUAAAACUAGCUAAGUCUAGUUCAGCUGCUAUGUAGAACAAUAAGUGCCUUGUUACCUUCCAGUUGUUCAGGUGUGGGUAUGUCAUUGUUGUUUGAGGCUAAAUGUUGGGUUCUGAACUUUUGUA